AUGGCUUCUUUUGGUGAAUUGUCCUUAUUGGGCGAGGUUUCUGUUUCCUCGACCGUAGACAAAAAGAAUGGAUAUUGUUCUAGCGGUACUGUGGCUUUAGAAAAUGGACAGGAAUCAUCAUCAUUUGUAGCAGUACAAAUUGAAAAGCAUGGGAUUGAAAUCUACAAUCUCAAGGAAGAACGCCUGUUUGCGUCUUGCCCAUUGCCCGAAAAAACCAUUUUCUCCUGUAAGCCCAUGUACCUCCAUGAGGGAAAUUCACAUUACAUUUGGGCCUGUACAUCAUCUGCGCGAAGCAGGGGAGAAUGGAAGUUGUUAAGCUGGAAGUAUGAUGAACUUAAAGAGCAUGGAGAGGUACGGUCUCGGGAUUUAUCAAAUAAGCCCAUAUUUUCUAUACACUUCAUUGCAUCUUCUGGACAGCUAGUACUGGUCUUUACUAAUGGAGAAAUUUCUUUUCUUGAUCCAGAGGAUGAUAUGAUUCAGCCUGCCACCUCCAUUCAAGGGUCGGCUAGUUUGGUUCAAACAGGCAGCGUAUCCAAGCAAGUUGAACAGAAAACUGAGGGAACCCCGACUACAGGUAAUAACUCUGCAGUCGAGGACGGAAUUAGUCAAAGUCAACCUGGUGAAGGUUUGCUACCUUCCGUCAAUUCUUCGGCUACCACUACAAAUAUCUAUCUCCUUUAUGCACUUAGUAUUGAGAAGAUACAACAGUUUUAUGUAAGUGUCUUCUCAACGUCAGAGAAACGAUUACUUUAUACAAAGCCAAUUGAGUUAGGUUCUUCUACUCCUCCUAUCCAUGUUUUGCUUGCAAAAGACUGUGAUAACAUAUUUGGGUUUUUUCCUGACAAUAUUUUCGUUUAUGCUUCCAAUGAAUCCAGCGGUUCGUAUCAGCGUGUAAAAUCCUUUCAAUUAGAAAAUAUGCCGGCUUUAUCUAAUGUGGAUAUAAUCUUUGAUAAAUUUUGUCUCGUACAAACAAAAAGUCAAGUUUCUAUAUGGGAUUUAACAUAUGGUACUAUUCAAGACGUAUUUAACACAGACAAUGAUACCGCAUUCAUAACAGUGACCAUAAACGGGAAUCCCUCUAGGAAAAGCAGUUCGAAGAUAAACUCAACUGUAUCUGGAAAUAUCAUCUUAUUACAAAAAAAGGCGAUUGCAUCAGUUCCAUUUACAAUGCCGGCAGUCAUGUCUCUUGCAGACGCGAUUGGAAAGAGAAAAGCGAAAAUAGGUAGAAUUUUGACAAAGCCCGAAACUAUAGCUGAUGGUGCUCUUACAAAGUCAAAAAGCAGCGUUACUUUGUGCGAACAAUUAUUAAAGAAUGUGCAACUGCAAGAUAACUCCUUACGAAAUGAGUUGCAUCAACUUCAAACAUAUGUGCAAAACCGAGACGGUGAAUCUUUUGAUGCCAAGUUCUUGAAGUUUGUUGAAGGAUUUCAAACACAAAACUCAACCAACCGAAAGUUAUUAAAAACAAACAGCGUCCUUCCUAUUCCGUUCGUCCAUGCUAUAGAAAGUAUUCUCUUUUCUUCUAACGAAGAGCAAGACUUAGAUCUCUUGUGCCCGGCUAAGGCUACUCUAAAUUACCUUUUGAGAAAUCGUUUGUUCACUUCUUCUAUUCUGAGGCUUAAUCCUUCAAGAUCUCUUUUUAAUUGCAUUUAUAAAUUCCAAAAAGAGUCGGCACUCUUAUUGUUGGAGCGAACUCUUGAUCUUCCUGCGUUCGAGGUUGGCUGUGCUAUAAAAAAGGCUUUGUCUAGCAUGAAGACAAAACUUUUAAAAAUUGGUCUCCUAAGACUUUCUCAGUUUGAUAGCGCAGAAGCUCAAGAAGCAUUGCUGCUCACCUUAGCUCAAGAAGAUUUUGAUUUACUAUUCAAGUUAAUUUGUGCUUCCAUUACCGGUAAGAAAACGUCGGUUCCUUUGAAUCUCGAUAUGGAGAUCCUUAUUUAUAUUGCUUCUACCGUGUUGGACGCUAUGGGUGUUGGUGGUAUUGCUGCUAGUACUGAGAAUCAAAGUACCGCUCAAGACUUAUAUUCUGGCUUACAGUCGAAAAUUACCUCACUCACUGCAAUGUCUCUUGUUCUCCCUGCUGUUUCUGAGCUCAUAAAGCACAGGAAGAAGGAUGUGGCCGAAAACACUUUUGUUCACCCCAACCCUCAACCAAAGGCUGUUAUUGAUGAUAAAGCUGACUUAGCAACCCUUUUGAGAAAGGAUGGUUUGGCUGAACAAAGAAAGAACAAGAGUCAAAGAGCUCGUGGUAAAGAGCUUGAUAUGACUAUAGGAAGAUAUACUAUUGAGCGCCUAGAAAUCUAA